AAGUUGUAGCUUCAUCACAUAGCACGCUGAAGGCCAACCAUUGUACAACGAUGUGAAUAUCGAUAUUUUAAAAGUGCCGAUAACAUCGCAGGCAUAAAAUGUCGAUAGUACCGAUGGUACCGAGUAUCGAUAUCGUUCCAUCCCUAGAAUGACGGCAACUAAGCGAACUUUGUUUUCAGGUGUCCAUUCCGCGAAAAAUGACCGCAGCAACCCGAUACUCAACCCAUAUACGUCGUCCGUGACACGUGACAAAUACGUUAGCUGAUGACACAACUUACCAAAAAGCCGAUAGCCGAGAACAGCAGUCAAGUAGCAUUAAAACGAGAUCUGACUGAAAGUAGUGCAGAAUAUUGCAGAUAUUUCUCGUUCCUUCGCAUUCUUUUGAUCUUCAUCAAUACGUUGACAUAAAAGUGAAAAAAAAAGAAGAAAGGAAACGAGAGAGAGAGCUUUUCAGCAAACUGGUGAAGUGGUGUAGUUGGUAACGCCACGCGAAGGAAUUUCAAGAUGAAAGAGAUAGCCUUCCGAGAAAACUUGACUCGGCUACUCCAGUACUAAGGAGCAACGAAAAAAGAGAAGAGCACCGUCUUACCAUUUACAAUAGCAAUGAAUUAAUGCCAUGCUGCAUCAAGUGCUACCAGUGCAGUACCAGCGAGGAUCCCAAGGGUGAAGAUCAUUGCGGCGCGUACGCGUACUAUGACAAGAGGAAGAACACCCCAGUCGAGUGUCUCGGAGAAGAGGCUCACGCGCUGGGUACCUUCUGCUACAAGAGGAUUAUGCAGGGACCUAGAGGAUUCAUCUGGGAUGGCCGAUGGCGAAGCGUGGAACGACGUUGCGCCCAAAUCUCGGAGCGGGGCGUCAACUGGGGGUGCGACUGGGGAUACGACGACAACGGCGUUUACUGGGAAGAAUGUUACUGUGCGGAGGACGGGUGCAAUGGAGCUACGUCGCACGUAAUAACGCCCCUGGUGGCGGUUCUCGCAAGUUGUGUGGCGUUCUUCCGGUACCUGACGUCAUGAAGCUCUGCGCAUUCGUUGAACACUUGUGAAAGAACGUUACUCAAAGAUUCAAAGUGAAAGUACGGAGAGCCCCGGUUUGAAGGGACAUUGAAAAUCGAGUGACGCAAACGGAGCGUAUUUUGUGUAUGUGUUGCAUACCCACGUGGCAGUUGUAUAAGCGAAGCCAUAUAAACUUUACAAUACACAAGCUAAAGGGGCCAAGAAAGUGUACAAAAAAUAAAAUAUCUAUAUUUGUA